AUGAGCAUCACAAAAAUCAAGUCGCUGGACCUGAGCCAGAACUACUUGGUGGGCUCCAUGCCCGCGGGCACCUGGUCCUACUGCGAUUUGGCCUACAACUGCCUCUCCAGCGUUGGCAACUGCGGCAGUGCGUACAUGCCGCGCUACUCGUGUGCUUUCUGUGGCAGCGCUGACGGCACGGGCACGCUGUGUGGAGUGGGCAAGGCGUGUGUCCCGGACUCUGAAGCUCGGAUUGCGGCAAAGCAGUCGAACCUGGAGGAAGUGGGGCUGAUAUGCUUGGACCAGCCAACCAUCAUGGACUCCGUUGACGGUCAGUGCAGUGCCGCUCCCCAUCCCGAUCUCCUCCGCAUCAUCCCCCGCAUCAUCCCCCACUACACACUACACCCUGUGCUGCUUCUGCGCCACUACCCCCUCCGUCCACCCCUGCAAGUGCUUGCUGCCCCUCCGAACAUCAAGACCGCUCUGGGGGUGACCUUCACCACUUGGAACGCCUCUGCACCAUGCCGCGCCGCUGGAUCCACGGUGACCUUUGCGGGUGAAUGGAGUGGCGUCGUGUGCACGGGGAGUGGCAAGGUGGCCAGCAUUGGCGCUGUGAGCAACUACCUCAUGGGCACCGUUCCCGCGCUCGCCACCGGGCUGCGCACCAUGGACCUGCGCAACAACUUUCUCACGGACCUGCCAGCUGUCGCCUACACUUGGUGCGGCGCCAGCGCCAACUGCCUUGUUACGCCCUCCAAGUGCAACACUGCCGGCACGGCUCAGCGGCCCGCAGCGGAGUGUGUCUACUGUGGCACCAACGGUGUGCCGCCGCUGUGCUGGGGUGCGGGCGGCGUGUGCACGGUGAAUGCGUCUGCACCCGUGGCGGCCGGCACAGUGAACAGCGCAUCGCAGCCCGUGCUGCCCCGCACGUGCGUCAACAGCCCCGUGGUGGGCCUGAAAGAAACCGCAGCUAUGCUGGCGAUCAAGUCAUCACUGGGCGUCACUGUGAGCACGUGGGCGGGCAGUGUGCCGUGCGCCAUCAAGGGGCUGAGCACCACGGCCACGGGUGCACCAGUCGUCAUGCCUGCACGAGCCUUUCCACACACUGCCACUCUCCUCAUGGCCCCCCUCAUCGCUACCCUCAUCGCUACCCUCAUCGCUACCCUCAUCGCUACCCUCAUCGCUGCCCUCACCGCCCUCAUCGCUGCCCUCAUCGCUGCCCUCAUCGCUGCCCUCAUCGCUGCCCUCAUCGCUGCCCUCAUCGCCCUCAUCGCUGCCCUCAUCGCUGCCCUCAUCGCUGCCCUCAUCGCUGCCCUCAUCGCCCUCAUCGCUGCCCUCAUCGCUGCCCUCAUCGCCCUCAUCGCUGCCCUCAUCGCUGCCCUCAUCAUCUGUGCUCCCCUCGCAGCCGCCUGCACUACAACUACUUCUUCGAGGACAUCCCCUCAUUCCUUGUGGGCCUCCCAAAGCUCACUCAAUUGUAAGUCUGCUGAUGGGAAACCAUGCACUGUAUGGCUGUGCGUUGCUUUGAAACGCCGUCCUUUCAUCUCGCCUCUCCUCCUCGUGGAUUUCUUCUUACGCCGCCAUUCACCCACGCACAACCCCCCUCCCCCCUCGCUGCUCUCCCUGGCACCAGCGGCAUGGUCUUAA